AUGGCCAGUGGAAAAGGAACCUAUCAACCGGAUUCCGACGUGCACAUUUCAUUUGAAGAUCAACAAAAAAUUAACAAAUUCGCUCGCCUUAAUGCCAAAGCUGAUGAUAUUAAAGAUGAACUGAAAGUUAAGCAAAAUGAUAUUAAAAAUUUAGAGGAAGCUGUUGAGGAAUUGGCUCUGACUGAUGAUUCAGAAAAAAUUCCUUUCUUAGUUGGAGAAGUUUUUAUUUGCCAAAGUCUGGAAGAUACACUGAAAUCAUUGGAGGAUAUGAAAUGUAAAAAGCAAAAUGAAAUAGGUGAUUUAGAGCUGAGAUGCGAAGAGCUAAAAUCUCAAAUGAGUGAGCUCAAAGCACAUUUAUAUGGGAAAUUUGGAAGCCAUAUUAACUUAGAAAAUGAAGAAGAUUAA